ACGGCAAAGAAUAAAAACUGAUUAGACACUUUGUGAUUAGGUGGUGGAAAUCGUCGAGUAACACUUUUAUAAGCAGUAAAGCCUGAGCGUCAAAAAACAAUUUAUUCACUAAUACUGACGGGAAGAGCAAAGAUGAAAUACUCACAAGAAAGGAGUUUGAAUAGUAGUGACGGAUCCAGGGCUUACUGAUAAGGGGAGGCAAUCUUUGCAAGGGGGUGAAGUCCCCUCUCAGAAGUUCCGGGAGAGUACUUGUAAGAAGAUUGCUAAGCAAUAGGGUUUCAUCGCACGAAGAAGUGACAUUCUUAUGGAAAGUGACAUCAAGAACGAAACUUCAGCAACGGCAGGAGACAUAAGGAACGUAUCUUCGGAUGAAGUAGCAACUGCUGUAGUGCUCCUACCAUCAGAUCCGUUCGAAACCUAUCGUGGUUUCAGUUUCCGUUUUGUUUUCACUCUGGUUGGCUGUCUUAUAAUACUGAGCAACGUUACUGUUAUUGGAUCUCUUGUUAGUAGUCGCCGUCUCCGGUUCUCCGGCUUCUACCCAGUUGUUAGCCUUGCUAUAGCCGAUUCACUGGUUGGCUUCCAUAUCCUUCAGUUUAGCGUGUUUCACCUUCCUGAAAAUCCUACUAUUCAAUUCUGUCUUGUAUUAAUGAGUACAGGGACUACGUGUAUUUUAGCUUCCGUGUUGAAUAUUUUGCUAAUCGCAGUUGACCGAUACAUUUAUGUCAGGUAUGGCAUUCACUAUUACAUUUGGAUGACUAAAAAAAUGACCAUAGCCAUCAUCAUUUUGUCCUGGGCGACAAGUAUCAUUUUCGGUUAUGCUCCUGUGUAUGGAUGGUGGAGUGGCGUCUUUAACAACAGAUGUAGUGUAAGGGAAAUGUUGGCGAAGGAAUAUCUUCUCUUAUUGGCUAUUGCAUUUUUCCUGGCUCCUUUUGCAAUCAUCACAGUUCUGUACUUUAACAUUUUUUUCAGUGCUUAUACUAAAAGAAUUCAAGAUAUGGAUCAGAUAAAUAGACUCCAUAGCAGCAAGGAACAAGACCCGACUGCUAAAUUCCACAAAAGAUCAGAAAGAAUAAGAAUGAUCCGAAGAAUGAGGUCCUGGAAAAUAGUAGUUGUUGUUUUUUUGGCGUUUUUAUUUACAUGGAUGCCAUAUUUAUUCUUUAUAAUAAUCUUCAAUACGAGUAAAGAAGAGAGUUCACCCUCAACUCCUUCGGAAAAAAAGGCUUACGACGUUUUAGCUCUUUUUGGAUAUCUUCACUCCGGUUUUAAUCCGUGCAUUUACUUCUACUGGCAGAAAACGUUUAUUAAAAAUGUCGAAAAAAUUAUUUGUUGCAACAAACAACGGAUACAUCCAGAUUCCUCCAACACUAAGACGCUAGUUUUUCAUAUUGAUAGCAUUCCUAUUUUUAGCCCAUAUUAAUUUUUACGUUUUCUUUGGAUAAAAUGUAAGAUAUCCCUCCACUGCAGAAAGAUUCCAUCAGUUAUUCUGUACAAUAUAUUAGUCUUUUAGGACUGAAAGUGUCUUCUUCAGGUUAAUGGAUACAGAAAAAACGUUAACAAAAAGGAGUAAAUAAGAGCUCGUGGAGUUCAUCUUUUAUUAUAUCUACGGUUCGAAAUAAUGUUUUAAAUUCGAAAAGUAUCAAUAAGAUAUACAUAUAAAUCAAUAAGAUAUACAUAUAAAUCUAGAAACUCUUAUCACCUUCCGUUCUCAAUGAACCAGCAACAUACUUUAAAGUGU